UUAAACACUUGACUGUGUGAAAGUGAAGCGUCAAAGGAGGAGAAAAUUUAUUAAAAUCAUGCUUACUCCUGCAAUGUUUGGGACAUUAUAUAGGAAUCUGCGACCUGCUUAUAAACAGGCCCAGCUGUUGUGUGGCUUCAGAAACGCACAGACUACAUGGAGAUCUGCAGCCACUUUCACCUUACAAGAGGACUGUCUGGUGCUUAACUAUGGAGGCACACCGAUGCAUUUUAACUACGUGUGGCUUCGGGAUCACUGUCGCUCUGCUUCUUCAUACAACGCCAAGACUAACCAGAGAAACCUGGACACUGCAAGUAUAGACCUCAACAUUCGCCCUGAUAAUACAACAGUGGAGGAUGGACAUCUCGUCCUAACCUGGCCUGGUGGUCAUGUAUCAAAGUAUAGCCUGGGGUGGCUGGCUGAGAACAGCUAUGAAAGAAAGAAGCAGGUCAGCGUACAGCCACGCAUCCUUUGGAAUUCAGACAUUUAUACAAAAGCAAACAUAGCCUCUGCCAAAUGGGACAAGUUCAUGAGCUGCGACGACGAAGUAAAGAAGUUUCUACAGAACUAUCUCCUGUACGGAAUCGCUUUUGUCGACGGUGUGCCAGCUACAGUUGAGGCCACAGAGGCAGUUACCCAGAGAGUCAGUCUUAUCAGAGAGACUACAUAUGGACGAAUGUGGUGCUUCACUUCAGACUUUUCCAGAGGAGACACUGCCUACAGCCAGCUGGCCCUGGACCGUCACACUGACACCUCAUACUUUCAGGAACCUUGUGGAAUUCAGGUUUUCCACUGUCUCAAACAUGAGGGAACUGGGGGAAGGACUCUACUUGUGGAUGGGUUCUACGCUGCUGAGAAGUUACGUCAGCAGUCACCGGAAAAAUUUGAGUUGCUCGCCCGCACGCCCAUCAGGCAUGAAUACAUCGAAAACACAGACAACCACCGGAACCACAUGACAGGCGUCGGCCCCCUGGUCAACAUCUAUCCUUGGAACAAUGAAGUUUACAUGAUCCGAUACAACAACUAUGACCGAUCAGUGAUCAACACAAUCCCUCAUGAUGCUCUUCAGCGCUGGUACGUGGCACAUCGAGAGUAUACCACAGAACUGAGGCGGCCAGAGAACGAACUGUGGGUGAAACUGACUCCAGGAAAAGUGAUUUUCAUUGACAACUGGCGUGUCAUGCAUGGGAGGGAAGCUUUCACCGGUUUGAGGCAGCUCUGUGGAUGCUAUCUGACCAGAGAUGACGUCCUCAGCACCGCGCGCUGCUUCGAUCUGCAGGCAUAACCCUGAACAAGAAGGUCCUUUCACUUGUGUGCCUUAUGAGUCAGCACUUCAGGUUUAAACUAUUGGUUUAAAUCUCAGAUGCAAUGAAAGUCCCAGUUUCACUCCUGCUGCAUAUUAUGCCUCACUCAUUUGUUUCAUUUUUGUAAAAUGAUGUAUAAUUUUAAUACUUUAUCUAAGAUUACACAGUAUGAAAGAUUCCUGAAUUGCACUUUAAACGAUUGAAUGUAUAAAUCCCCAAACAGCCUGCUGUCAUUGAGCUCAUACAAUCAUGAUCACAUGAAAUGAUUUAAUGGAAUUGACCAAAAUGCAUAAAGAAGUCACAUUAAACCUCAAACAGUAUGGAUAUUGAGUUAAAUACUGAACAUGUAGGACUUCAUAGCAGAACACUAUGGAGCAAUAAAAAGCUCCAUCGUGAGAACCCAAAGUCCAAGAGUUCAAGUGACACCAGUUAUG